AUGGGUUACAUUAUAUUGCUUUGCUUCCUGUGGUUGAAUUGUUUUGUGGGCAUUUGUUACUCUUCUCUGUAUAACGCAGAUCAAGAAAAAGAUAGGAUUUUUUAUUUGCCUGGGCAGCCUGAAAAUGUUGGAUUUAAUCAGUACUCAGGUUAUAUAACUGUGAAUCACAAGGCUGGGAGGGCAUUGUUUUACUGGUUAACCGAGGCACCGAAAGAAAGAGGGCCCGAAAACAGACCACUUGUUUUGUGGCUCAAUGGAGGCCCUGGUUGCUCCUCUGUAGCUUAUGGAGCUUCUGAAGAAAUCGGGCCUUUUCGAAUUAAUUCAGACGGGAAAACCCUUUACCUCAAUCCUUAUUCCUGGAAUAAAUUGGCAAAUUUGCUUUUUCUUGAGUCACCAGCUGGAGUUGGUUUCUCGUAUUCGAAUACUUCAUCGGAUUUGUACACUGUAGGUGACAAACAAACAGCCGAGGAUGCAUAUGCAUUUCUGGUGAGCUGGUUCGAGAGAUUUCCUCAAUAUAAGCAUAGAGAUUUUUACAUCACUGGAGAAAGUUAUGCAGGUCACUAUGUUCCUCAGCUAUCUCAGAUCAUAUAUGAAAGAAAUAAGGGACUUCAAACCCCAGUUAUUAAUUUCAAAGGAUUCAUGGUGGGAAAUGCUGUUAUUGAUGAUUACCACGAUUAUAUCGGAACGUUUGAGUAUUGGUGGACUCACGGUUUAAUAUCGGACUCAACUUACAAAGUCCUUCGAAUAACGUGUAAUUUGGGAUCUGCCACUCAUCCUUCGAGCGAUUGUGUUAAGGCUCUCGAGUUAGCUAAUCAAGAAAUGGGGAACAUUGACCCUUAUAGCAUUUAUACCUUACCCUGCAAUAGUAGUACUUCUUCUCUCAGGCGCCGAUUAAGAGGUCACUAUCCUUGGAUGUACAGAGCAUAUGAUCCAUGCACCGAAAGGUACUCAGAGAUUUACUUUAAUCUCGCUGAGGUUCAAAAGGCAUUCCAUGCGAAUGUAACGGGUAUUUCAUACCCGUGGCAAUCGUGCAGCGAUAUAGUCGGUAAUUAUUGGGCAGAUUCUCCUCUGUCCACUCUUCCAAUUUAUCAAGAACUAAUAGCAGCUGGUGUAAGGAUUUGGGUAUUCAGUGGGGAUACUGACUCAGUGGUUCCCUUGACUGCAACUCGCUACUCAAUAGAUGCUUUGAAGCUUCCAACUAUUACAAAGUGGUACCCUUGGUAUGAUAAUAGAAAGGUUGGUGGAUGGAGCCAAGUAUAUAAAGGUUUAACCCUUGUGACUGUGACUGGGGCGGGUCACGAGGUGCCCUUACACCGGCCACGGCAAGCUUUUAUCCUUUUCCGAUCAUUCUUGGAGAAUAAACCUAUGCCCACCUGA